AUGGAAAAUGAGAUGGAAGAAAAAAUUGAAGAUUGGAGGGGGAGAGAGACGAUUCCGGACAAACAUGGUGGCAUUAGAGCUGCUUCGAUUGCUUGUGUUGUGGAGAUGGUGGAGACGAUGGUGUCGAUAGCUAUUGGAAACAACAUGGUGUUAUAUUUCAUGAAACCAAUGAAUUACUCAUCAGCCGAAGCAGCAAACAUGGUGACCAAUUUCAUUGGAACGUCGUAUUUACUCACUCUCUUUGGUGGUUUCGUGGCUGACUCUUUCCUCACUCGCUCCACUACUUACAUGAUUUUUUGUUCCUUUGAAAUCCUGGGUUUGUCUGUGUUAACACUCCAAGGUCAUAACCCUAGUCUACAACCCCAUGGAAAUGAACCACCUUCGACUCUUCAAUCAACGGUUCUUUACAUCGGAUUUUACGCGAUCGCUGUUGGUACGGGCGGUACUAAGCCUUCUUUACUUGCCCAUGGAGGCGAUCAGUUUGAGACUAGACACCAGAGUCUCAUCUCAAAAUUCUUCAAUUGGUACUUCUUCUGUUUAUGCUUCGGAUGGCUCAUGGCAGUAACCGUUAUGGAGUGGAUCAAAGAUAUUUUCAGUGCCUCAGUUGUGUUUCUAGCGAUUGCGCAAUGCAUUUUCGCAGCAGGAUUGCCAUGUUAUCGAUUGAAACGUCCUAGUGGGAGUCCCUUGACAAGGAUCGCAAAUGUGUUUGUUUCAGCCGCAAGAAAUCGGAAUGGGUCUCUUUUGGAUGUUGAGAUGAUGCAAAGUCUUACAUCUACUGAUAACAACAACAUUCAUCACAAUAAGUUAAAGUGUUUGGAUAAAGCAUUGUUGAACAAAAACAUUUCCGCAACACAAGUUGAAGAAACAAGAACAUUCCUCGGUCUCCUACCAAUCUUUGCGAGCACGAUUGUCAUGAACAGUUGCGUGGCACAACUAUUGACAUUCACCGUACAACAAGGCAUGACCAUGAAUAGAAAAAUCUCUCCUUCGUUCGAGAUCCCCGUACCUUCCCUCAGCAUCAUCUCCAUCAUCUUCAUGCUUUCUUUCAUACCCUUGUACGAACUCUUCAGCAAAAGGAUCAACAAAACAUCAAGCUUCUCUUUGAAACGCAUUGGACUAGGCCUUGCUCUCUCCUCUCUUUCAAUGGGGGUCUCAGCCAUUGUGGAAGCCAAGAGAAAGCACGAGGCGGUUCACAACGACUUCAAAAUAUCUGUCUUCUGGCUAUUGUUUCAGUAUCUCAUGCUAACAUCUUCAGAUAUAGUGACGUUGGGAGGGAUGCAAGAGUUUUUCUUUAUAGAAGCUCCAGCGAGCAUGAGGAGCAUUAGCGUAGCGUUGGGAUGGUGCUCCGUUGGUUUGGGUUUCUUCCUUAGCUCACUUCUUGUGGAGGUCACAAAUGUAAUCACAGGAAAGCUUGGCCAUCAAUGGCUGGGAGGAGAAGAUCUCAACAAAUCAAGCCUUGACUUGUUUUAUGUGCUUCUAUUUUUUCUUAAUACUCUGAAUCUUUUUAACUAUAUAUUCUGGGCAAAGAGAUAUUGA